AUGGCUCCUUCCAACCUCCCCGCCAUCUUCAACCCCACCCAGCAGGACAUUGAGAUGCUCCUGGCUGCGCAGUGCCACCUCGGCAGCAAGAACCUCCAGGUGCACAUGGAGCCCUACCUGUGGAAGACCAGGCCCGACGGUGUCAACGUCUUGAACAUUGGCAAGACCUGGGAGAAGAUUGUCCUUGCUGCGCGUAUCAUUGUCGCCAUUGACAACCCGGCCGACAUCUGUGUCAUCUCUGCUCGUCCCUACGGACAGCGUGCCGUCCUCAAGUUCGCGUCGCACACCGGUGCCACUGCUAUCGCUGGUCGUUUCACCCCCGGUAACUUCACCAACUACAUCACCCGCUCUUUCAGGGAGCCCCGCCUGGUUAUCGUCACCGACCCCCGCACCGACGCCCAGGCCAUCAAGGAGGCUUCCUACGUCAACAUUCCCGUCAUUGCUCUCUGCGACGGAGACUCACCCACCGAGUACGUCGAUGUUGCCAUCCCCACCAACAACAAGGGUCGCCACGCCAUUGGUUUGAUCUGGUGGAUGCUUGCCCGUGAGGUCCUCCGCCUCCGCGGUACUCUUGCCAACCGCGAGACUGAGUGGGAUGUCAUGACUGACUUGUACUUCUACCGCGACCCCGAGGCUGAGGAGAACAAGGACAGCGCUGGUGUUGAGGAGGCCAAGGUCCCUGGUGCCGACGAGGUUGGCCCUGGUGCCGUCGCUGAUGGCUUCACCAGCGAGUGGGAGGUCUCCGGCGCAUCUGCUGGUGCUUUCACUGCCCAGGCCGCCGCUGCCCCCGGUACCAGCUGGGACGCUGACACUGCCGACUGGGCUGCGUCUGGCGAUGCUCAGACUGGCAACGAGGGCUGGGGCGCAGAGACUGCUGCCCCUGCUACCACUACCCAGUGGUAG